AUGCGCUCUGCAUCGUCUUUGGAUCAGCUCAAUGUUUGGGAUGAUGAGCCACUUCGUUGUUUGCUUCUUAACUCUGCAACGUUAGUUGUAACUUCGUACAGAGCUUUCAUUGCAAUGAGUGGGUGGCAGUCGGUGGUGAUCGACAGUGGUCGACAAAUGGUGGUCGACGGUGGUUGGUGGUGGUUGGCGGUGGUUGGCGGCUACAUGAGUAGGAGGCAACUUCAUCUCCUUAUCCAAGCUUUAGUCUUUUCAAGCUUCAAGCUUUCUCCUUCUUUUCAAGAGAGGGCCUCCACUCACUCUGCACUCCCACCCUGCUAUUCCGCUGCUUCCUUUCCCGGCGAAGACCACACGGUGAGGAGUCCAUCGGAGUACAAAAGUUUAAGUUUAAUGGCCACCGCUUGCGUCAAUAGUAUCGACAUGCCGCCGGAGAACUUCCUCGGGUGCCCGCCGUUUUAUCCUUCUUACAAUUGGUUCGGCCCAGAAGUCUCCUUCAGCCGUGAAAAUGUUGAUUCGAAGAAUGGUGAUGUUGAGAAGCUUGAGGUCGGGCUGAAUAAGUCCCCCCCCGCCGAUGAGCUCUUCUCCGACGGCAAGUUAGUCCCGCUCCAGCUCGCACUGGUGAGGGCGGAUGCGGAUCAGUGUCCGCCGAAGGUUCCUGUUCGCUUAUCACCCGAGCCGAUCAAAUCGCAACUUAGGUUUGAAAUCGCUGGAUCUGAUGAUGAUCUGCACGAGUUUUCUCCCAAAGCGCCGAAAUGUUCUAGUCGGUGGAAGCAACUACUCUGUCUGAAGAAGGUGCAGAGUCCUAUUAAGCCAGCGCAUCUUAAAUCCACUUUUGUUUCUUCCAUGGCUGAAAAUGCCAGAUCCUUGAAGCAUUUCCUUCACAGGAACUCCAAAUCUUCUUCGUCCACCGAUUCGUUAAGUCUUCCACUUCUAAGGGACUCCGAUUCCGAAUCGGUUUCCAUUUCCUCCCGCCUCUCACUCUCUUCAUCAUCCUCCAGCGCAGAUCACGAGGAUAUUCCUCGUUUCUCCUUCGAUUUUGAUAAGCCAAUCCCUAACCAAAUAUCAACUACCCCCUUGCUUCUGAACCAACCCCGGAUGCGGUUCGCGAAGAUCAAAUCCUCCGCGUUGGACGGUAAUGUUGCGUUGAGAAGCAGCCGGACUCGUUGUUUACCGGAUUCUGGUGAGAUAUCGCCGCCUCGUGUUCCCUCGGUGGACAGCCCCCGGCUGAACGCAUCUGGUAAGGUAAUUUUUCAGGGACUUGAGAGGAGCUCGAGCAGUCCGAGCACUUUUAAUGGCGGCCCGCGGCCUCGUUCACGCCGAAUGGAGCGGAGCUACUCGGCCAACGUUCGGGUAGCACCGGUACUCAAUGUUCCUGUAUGCACCCUCCCGGUUCAGCGAUGUCUAUCUCUGUAUUUGGCUUUGGGCAGCUAUUCUCGCUACGGAAGAAGGAGAAGAAGUUCUUUAAUGGCGUCGGUAAAGGAACCAAAGCGUAGAACGAGAAGGCUGAGUUAUGAGUUUCAUUCGGUAACUGACUUGAAAAAAAAAAAUACGAACUUUAAUUUUGUUUUUAGUUCCUUUUCCGGAUUUCUAUGAUUGUGUAAAUAUCGUUAUUUUAGGGGUGAUCAAGGGCCAUUUCUCCACUGUUAACCAAUCUCUAUUCGUUUUUAUGUGGUCGAUGUAUCUUUAUGCGGCACUGUGCUAAUCGACAUAUAUCAUACUGAGUGCUGAAAGUCUGAUUGCUGGAACUUUAGCUUUGUUUGAGAUUCCGAUACAUCGCUGUUGCGUUCCAUAAAACGUCUACGUCUCCGAAAGCGCUUUAGGAAGAACGUCAUUUUUGUUUGUUUUCAGAUCGCGAUCGAGGAGCUCCCUUUCACCAUUCUGGAUCGCGUUCCUUCAUUCCGAUGGCUGGAUCGAAGCUUUUAUUUACAAACAUCUUUUAUUUGAGUUUUUCAGACUGUAGCUUUUAAAUGAAAUUACUUUAACAGCAAACGACACAUCAAAGGAGCCUUUGAGAUGGACCAUUGCACUCAUGAUGUUUUGGAAGGAUUACAAUUUUCGGGCAUUUACAUAAAUA